GUAUUUCCUGUCACUGUGACGUUCAUAAAGCUCGUUCUGGCGAGUCUUUGCCGGUCAACUGGGUCAACGACCCAAGUAAAGCAAGAAAGCACCCACACCUCAACAUGCUAACAAUUGUUUGAAGUGAAUAGCAAACACAAAUUCAUCAGAGGAAUGGUCGUCCUUAGCGCGUUCCCUGUGAACGCGUCGCCACUGCUUGACACCGGCGACUUCGCGGACUGCCGAAUCGUGUUUGUGGAUGCAAAUGCCCCAGCAGACGACGUGAACGCGUCUUCCGCGCUUCAAUUGCCGGCGUCGUCACCAGCCAAGGCGCCAGCAAACCCUGGUCGCUCGGCACCGCCCUCUCCCGGGCCCCGACUCGCGACGGGCGUGGCACGCAACAUCCUCAGCCCCAAGCCCAAAAUCUGGCUCGGGCAGUUCCCCCAGCCCGCCACCUCGCGGACAGGAGCUGGUGUAGAGGCGCCGUCGCGGCCAGCGGGCCCGCAACCGCUGCUGGUCGUGCCGGGUCACCGGGUUGUGCUGGCUGCUGCCAGCCCCCUGUUUCGACAGCAGCUGGCGACACAGGCUGACGCCAUCAUCCGCCUGCGCGACCGCACCUCACUGCCGGCCGCGCAGCAGCUCCUGCUGGCGCACGUCUACGGCCGCCCCCUGGACUGGCCCGCCCUCACCCCCACCACCCUAGCCCAGCUCCUCGUGCUGUCCGCCGACCACGCCCUGCCGGCCCUGCAGCAGGCCGCAGCCGCACGCCUGCUGCACCUACUCGCCGCCAAGCGCCCCGUUGGCGGCCCCGGGCCCGCCGUCGCGGCCGCCGCCGCCGGCGUCAACACGCCGCUGCAGCGGCCGCCCUGCGGGCCCUCGCCUCUGGAGGGCGGCGCCGGCACCGCACUGCCCGCGCCGCCGCCGGCGGCGGCGGCGCCGCCGGCAGGAGCAGCAGCCGUGGUUUGUACGGCGCUGCAGGAGGUGCACUCCGUGUAUGUGGAGGCGAUCGCGGCGGUGGUGGGGCUGCCGACUGACGUGGCGGGCGCCGGCGCGUGUGUGGGCCUGGCGGCGGCGGCUCGGGUGCUGCUGCUGGAUGCGCUGCAGGACUUUGAGGCGGCCUGGCAGGUGCCCUCCCUGCGGCGCGCCUUCCUGGGUCUGCCGCUGCCCGCCGCCCUGGAGGUGCUGGCCAGCCCCGCCCUGGCCGUCAGCUGCGAGGGCGUGGUGGCGCUGGCGGCCCUGGCGUACGAGGCCACUCGCACCCAGCGGGCCGUGGAGGCGGCGGCGGCGGCGGCGGGGGAGGCUGGGGCUGCGGAUGGGGGUGGUGGUGGAGGUGUUGGGGAUGGGGGUGGUGUGUUGAGGCCGCUGGACACGUGUGAGCAGUUGGCGCUGUACGGCUGUGUGCGGUGGCACCUGCUGCACAUCGACGGCCGCACACACGAGUGGAACUCCUUCCUCAAGAACGCCGUACAGCGUGCGCCGCACCUGCAGCGCCUGUUGGAGCACGGCACAGCCGCCAGCGGCACCGGCGGCGCCGUCGCCGCCGCCACCGGCGGCGUCGGGCUCGCGCCCCACGCCGCCGCCGUGCCCGAGCUGGCGGCCGCCGCCGCCGCCUGCGGCCCCUACGCCGCCGCCGCCUCGCUCCUGGACCUGUCGCAGCUGACUCAGAGCCUGCUGUACACGCGGCAGAUGCGGGCGGAGGGCGGUACGGGCGCGGCGGCGCAUCUGCCGUACAUGGCGCGGCGGGCGGGCCCGCGGCCGCGGCCCACGGGCCACCUGCAGACGGCGGUGCACCUGCAGAUGGACGUGCCAUAUGUGGUGCUGCGAGAGGCCGUGGCGCGGGUGCAAGCCCGCAUGGAGCAGCAGGAGCGGCAGCGCCGACUGCUAGAGCGGCAGCAGCAGCAGCAGCAGCAGCACACCAAAGGAGGAGGAGGCGGGGGCGGUGUACCGGCUGCUACAGCCGCCGCGCUGCCGCUGGCUGUAGCCCCUGUGGCGGCUGUGGCAGUGGAGGAGGACCUGGUGGGAAGCGAGCUGGUGUUCCAUGCCGGGUACUGGUGGCAGAUGGUGGUGUCGCUAGGGCCGCUGUGUCGCUACCGCAUGGCUCUGGCCGGCCCCUCAGCCGCGGCGCCCCCCGCCAGUGGCUCGGCAGCCGUGGCCCGAAACACACCGUCUGCCCUGGCGGCGGCGGCGGCGGCCGUCGCCCACGAUACCGACACACGUCUGGUUUGCUUCGUGGGGGUGCGGCCGCUGCUACUGCUGACGGAGGCGGAGGUGGAGGCGGCGGCGGGGCGCGGCGUUCCCAGCGGCUGGGCGGGCGAGGGUGGGUGUGGUGGUGAGGGUGAGGGUGGAGAGGCGGAUGGCGUGGCGGCGGUGGCUGCGGGCGCAGCAGUGGCGGCACGGCUGCUUCCGUCCACUGUGUAUGUGGAGCAGUUUGAGGUGUGGAACGAGCGCGACCUGCCUCAGGGCCGGGCUGCGCUGGGCCCCACGGCCUUCGCGCGGGCGGGCGGGUUCAAGGGCACCCUGACGCUGUUCGCGCUGGGGGCGGCGGCGCUGACCAGCGAGGCCUACUGGGCCAAGGCCGUGAGCGGACCGGAGGGGGCGCUGAGGGUGCGGGCGCGAGUGGCGGGCGUGCACUGAGGCGCGUGCGGGUCUGGAGGGGUGUGGGGCGGAGGGGGAGGGGGAGGGUUCUUUUUGUAGCCACAUCCGUCGGGUAUUUCGGGUGGCGGAAAGGCCUGAAGCUGGUCGGGAGCUGCUGCUACCCCUGUGCCGCUUUCCCACAGCGCGGAGGCCGGGAGGGCUGAAGCUGGUCGGGGGGGGGGGGCUGCUGCUGCUGCCGCUGUGCACAAUGGAUUACUAGAUAUAUGCGCCGUAUGUUGGUGCGGACCGAAGCGCGUUUAAAGAAGGUGAGCAUGACAAUCAAUGAAUACUGUAAUGUGUGGCUGUG